GUGCAGGUGCGUGCGGUGGCUGCCGGGACUGGUAGUCCCUGGGGAGAGAAGGGAAGGGCAGUGCACGGCAGGCCGGCCGGGUGGACGGGGUGCGGAGCCAUGGACAAGCUGAAGCGGGUGCUGAGCGGCCGCGACGCGGAGGAGCCAAGCGGCCUGCCCGAGGUUAUCGAUGCGACUUCCUUAGGGUGGGGCACCCGAGUGAAAGGUUUCAUUGCGUGUUUUGCGAUCGGAUGCCUGUGCUCGAUCUUGGGUAGUUGUCUGCUAUGGAUACCAAAGAAAGGGCUGGUACUCUUUGCUGUGUUUUAUACCCUGGGGAAUAUUGCAUCCAUUGGGAGCACCAUGUUUCUUAUGGGACCAAUGAAACAAUUGAAGCGGAUGUUUGAGCCUACACGUUUGAUUGCUACAAUUGUUAUGCUAUUGUGCCUCAUACUAACACUGUGUUCCGCUUUCUGGUGGCGUAAGGCAGGACUCGCGCUGCUUUUCUGCAUCUUACAGUUUUUUGCCAUGGCAUGGUACAGCAUUUCCUUCAUACCAUAUGCAAGGGAUGCUGUGAAGAAAUGUGUUUCAGUCUGUCUGUCCUAACAGGAAUACUGGAUGCCUCAUAGAGUAAUAGGAACUGUGUUGCAUCACUGUGCUGUGUAGUUUCCUACUUCUGUCUUGAACACCUGCCUUUCAGCUGCUUUUUAGAAGCUCCUUGUGUUACACCCAGUGUCUGCAGUUGCUUGGGUUUGUAUGCAAUGGUGUCUGUGGGACAGGGGCUUGUGAUCAAAUGACAUUCAGUCUGGCAGAAGAACUGGGCAGAGGUCCACAAUUUUUUAUGCUGAUUCUUGCAUAAAUUCAUGUAUUUGGUUUUGCAAAAGUUUCAAAGUAAUUUGUGAAAUCUGUAAAGUGAAGACCUUGACUCUGGUGGGACUAUGCCAGUUCUAGAGUUGAAACAACUUGGGAUUUUUUAAAAUAGCCUUAUGUCACUUAAUCUUUGCACUGUUUGCCUUAGAUAAUGGAAUUGGUAUUCUUUCUUUUCCUGUCUCUCUUGAAAGAUUUUAGGUUUAUGAGGCUUCUAAAAGAUGUAAUUCUAAAACCAAACACAGUUUGGGCUAACCAUGAAAUGUUUGCAUCUUUAAUGAAAUAUUUAAUUCUCAGUCCAUACUGAUAGUCUUUCCUUAAAAGGGACAUUUUAGUAUGAAAAAUCUUGUUCCUAUUGGAAAAGCACUUGUAAAAUAAGGUCCAUUGAUGUUUUCAGCUACCAGGAACCUGAGUUCCUUUCCUUGCUCAUGGUUGCAAGGUAGGAAGCUGACAUUUUUCACAUGAAGUGAGGUGUUUCUCUUCUCCUGCAGGUGUAGCAUAAGAGCAAUGCAAAGGGCAUGGUAGGCAAGCAAUAAAGUAAUUUAUGUAUGUCCUUUCUCAAAGGACAAACUGUCAUAAUGUAGAAGUGGGCUAUUGUUUUUAAGCAGCCUGGGUCAGGGAGAAGACAUUUGCUUCUGAACUUGAAAAUAAGUUAAAACUCCAAUAUUUUUUUUUGUUUCUUUGUAAGCGGAAUCAGUUUUCUUUCUGCUAAAACUCUUGCACACACCAGUGAACUUCUCUGCAUGGAGGAGAAAGCACAAUAUUCUGUGCAAGCAAGGAAAGCGUGAAACAAUCCUUCUGCCAACUCCAAACAAGUGCUGAAUGUUCUGUAUCCAAAUUCCAAGGCCACUCUGUUUUCUACAUCUUCUGAGCUACAUAUAAUCAUUUACUCCCACAGCAUUGCAGUGGUUAUUGUAAUUCUGAGUACAGAUUCCUGCUUCUGCUGUGUGAGAUAAUGUUUAACUACUUUCCCAUUUCGUCUUACCAAGUUGUCUUGCUGAAGCCAAUGUUUAAGAUUAUGGUUUUCCAGUGCACUCAAGUGGGGAACUGAGGCAUCUCUUCCUCAAUCUACUAAGAGUUUGGUUGUUAAAGAGCAUUGUGUUUGCAUGGCAAGUGUAUCCCUGACUUGUACCAGAAAGACUUUAAUGCAGGAAAAAUCUGGAUCUACGUGGCUGUGAAGUAUAAGCUCACAGUGAAGGCAAAUAGUUCUAUGGCUUCCAGAAAGUUACUAAGAAAUUAAUUAAUCCAAAAUCUUAAAUUUAAGUGUCCUUCUGAUAAUUUAUAAAGGUCAGUACCACCCACUUGUAAGGAUUCUCUAAAAAAAAAAAAAAAUUUAAGAUUCCCUUUGUGGAUGUACAAAAGAGAGAUUUUGACAAGCAUUCUGUGGAUUCCAGGUGCCAGAAUUACUGUUGCAAAGGAAUUUGAAUGGAAAAUGCCACCUUGGAAAGACAACACUGAUGUUGGGAUGAAACAGUUAUGCAGAUUCAAGUGCUGCGUCCUGGUGCUUUUUUUACCUCCCAGGUAAAAAAAGCACCAGGUUAGUGUUGAAAUAAAUGUGUUGACUAUUACUUCUUGAAAGGAUGAUUUGGUUAAAUUCCCAAGAGAGACUGGGAAUUAAAGAAAACUGAUCCUUCUCUUCCCUGGCUGAUCAAAGACAAGUGUCUAAACUGAUGUGUGUCUUUUUUUAUCAGGGACUAAGUUCAAAACCUAACUUGCAUCAGUCAAAGGACCUAUGCCAGUCCUUUCUUAGGACUUUGAUAAUGUUUACAAAAUUCCUUCUGUAUAAGGAAAAUUGAAAUGCAACCCUAAUGCCUUUUAUAUUCCAAUAUUCCUUUAAUUUUAGCGUCUCUGAAUGUCCCUGGAAAAAGCUACAAGCACAGUAUCCAUUGUUUCUCCUUCCCCUCUCCAACUAAGUUACGUUAACUCCUAUCAUCAUUCCAGGUUCAGCAGCCAUGAUAACAGAAUUUGACUUUUGGGAUUCUUUUUUUGAUUACUUCAGAUUAGGAGGAGUACAUGCCUUUUUCUUAUUCCUUGACUAGCUUGGGCAGGAUUCUGGUAGCCUGACUCUCUUCUGGAAGAACAGUACAGUUUGGUAUGGUGAAUAUUAGUUUUUAAAUGUGCACUAGUUCUAGCUAACUAGAACCUUUUAGCUGGCUCUUAUGAACACAGCCAAUUAGAAGUAGGAAAUUUAUGAAAAUACCAGUAGAUAGUACAUAAAUGGAUUUUUGUCCUUUUCCCCUCUCCUCUCAGUUUAAAACCGUAAAUCCAGCUUCACAGCCUUUUUAGUCAGGAAGAGAGAAGAACAAAUCUUCAUUUGACUGCACAGCACAUUGAGUAUAAGUAAUUGUGCCCUUACGGGAAGGGAAGAUGGCAAGGGCACAAGGAUCACAAGAGUGCCACUGGGGUUUAUAUUGCCCCUGAGUGUUGUAUUUUGUUCCUGGGGACAUCAGACUGUAGGAGAGACUUGCCACAUUCUUACCAAUAUGUGAAACAUACCCAGGGUUUGUUGCUUCACCUACAAGCAGUUUUUAUUUAAAAUAGCUCUCCCAGAACAAAACUCUUUAGAUUCUUACUCACUUUUAAAUAGUUGUAGUAAGGCUGUUGACAAGUUUAUCAGCAAAAGAAAUUUCCCCUUUACUGAAGUACUUUAUUUUAUAUGAUUUUUACAUAACUGGGGAGUAAACUAUAUAAAUAUUCCUUCUUGAGUAGUUUUCAGUCUGAAUUAGAUUAUAUCAUUAUAUCUUUUUUUUGGUCAUUAAACCUACUUUGUGUUUAGUUUUGGUAUCAUCAGCUUUAGUUAUCUGCUUGGCAGAAAGCAUGGUGGUAAUUUCUGAAACUUUCCAUCUCACUGUCCUUGAGGGCAGGAAUGUUUGUUGUGUGCGCUCUACUGUGAAGAGAGAGCUUCUGGUUGGAACCACAAAGCUCCUUCCUUCCAAAAGUCCUUGCUCAGUUGCCUACAGUGCUUAACUCAAGGCUGACUUCCCUAAGGAAACUUCUUUGAUGUUGGGUGCCCAUCUCAGUAGGAUUUGGUGUUAUAACAGAAAGUGCAUUUGGCUCAGCCUGUUGACCAAUUUGCCCAUUUUUUUCACUUAUUGUUGUACAAAUAACAACCUCAACCAAGCAGCCUUAGCAUACAGUUCUAGCAGGAAAUUUGUCAGCUGAUUCAUAGCUGGAUCAGCUGACUUUCCAGCUAUAUUAGAAAGGGAAAUAGGGAGGCUGGCAGUCACCUGUUCCCAAAGUACUGAGACUCUAUACACUGAAAUAUGGGAUUUUUUUUUUACUACUUCAACAUUUUGCUCUGUUUCAUGUGAUGAAGUCCAUUAUGAAUACUUGUACUAUCUGAAAUGGUUCAACACUGAUGAUACGAACAAUUUAAUCUCAUUUAGUAUUUAUAGUAAUUGUUCAUGAGCUGUUAUGAAAACCAAGGAAGAAUUUUCUGACACAAGUUGAAAUUCUUUUCAGAAACCAUGUUUUUAAAAGGAAAGUGUGUUGGGCUCUAUGUGGGCCUACAGCUUCCUAAAAACAGUUCUUCCUUCAUUUCGGUACUUAAUCAUGUUCAUGAAAGUGAGAUCACUGUGCUAUUUGUAAA